CAUCAAAUUGUUGAUUGAUAACGAAGGAACAAGGAAAGAACAGGGUAAAACGGAUGUGGAAGGUGCAACUUCAACACCGAAUUCCUAGGAAGAGGCUCGAUCCAACGAAGGUGCAACUCGUCCACGAUUGAUGUGGUGAAUCAACUGAUACUGAGCUCACUCGUUGAUGGACUUGCAUCCUUCAGCUCCCACAAAAUUCUGAUGGAGGAUGAGGUUAAGCCUAUCAGACAGCCACAUCGGAGGUUACUCCGAACUUUGAGGCAAUGGUCCUGGACGAAAUCGUGAAGCUGAUGGAUGUCGGGAUCAUCUUUGCUAUAUCAUACAACAAGUGGGUCAGUCCCACUCAGGAAGAUGUCAUCCUAGAGCUCCAGCAGGCGUCGCCACUAGGGGUGGGGGAUUUCCGCCUCAAUGGCGUCACGGCAGAGGAGCUUCUCGAAGUAGGCCAGAUUAAAGCAGUAGUCUCCCCCAAUCAGUCCCUCCAACAUCCUAGGGAACGUCCCGUUAUAACCUCGGUGUAGCGGAGGCCUUGCAGGAAGGGGUUGUCCAAGUUGACCAUUUCCCUGCAAAAACAACCAACCAACACCUCGAAACCCGUUAGUACUAAUAUAAGUGCAGGAAAGAAAGCCAGAGGCAAUAUCCCCCCACACUUAAGCGCAAUCCAGAAUAUACUGCAGAACAAAAGUCUACAACAACGGGGCACUAUACCAAUAACUAACAUAUUCACAA